ACAGAUCCCAACCAAACGCUGCUAGGGUUCUUCGUCUUCGUCUUAGAGUUGCUCCUUUGUUCUUGCUUCUCCUCUCUCGAUCGAUCGAAUCUAUGGCUCGCACCAAGCAGACUGCUCGCAAAUCCACUGGCGGCAAGGCGCCCAGGAAGCAGCUGGCUACUAAGGCCGCCAGGAAAUCAGCCCCAGCGACAGGAGGAGUGAAGAAGCCCCACAGGUAUCGCCCAGGAACAGUCGCGCUGCGUGAGAUCCGCAAGUACCAGAAGAGUACGGAGCUGCUCAUCCGCAAACUGCCCUUCCAGAGGCUGGUUCGUGAGAUCGCGCAGGAUUUCAAGACGGAUCUGCGGUUCCAGAGCUCGGCAGUGAUGGCGCUCCAGGAGGCGGCCGAGGCGUAUCUUGUGGGUCUGUUUGAGGACACCAAUCUCUGCGCGAUCCAUGCCAAGAGGGUGACGAUCAUGCCCAAGGACAUCCAGCUCGCUCGCAGGAUUAGGGGCGAGAGAGCCUAGUUCUUCCAAGAUCCAGCCACUGCUACUAAUGUAUAGCAUUUCCUCUAGUUCUUCCUUCCUGAGAAAUUAUGUGGUACUCUUUUCUUGAAUGAAUCGAACUGAGCUUCUCA